AUGCCGCCGUUCGACGAAGACGACGAGAUGAUGGACCCAGGGAUGGCCUACGUCGACGACUCCGGCAAGAAGAUGGGCGUGAAGAAGCAGCGCAAGCUGGAGAUGAAGGAGGAGCGCAAGCGGGCGCGAGAAUAUGAACUCCAAGAACGGGAGGAGCGGAAGAAGAAGGCCGAGGAGCUGGAGCAGGCACGGAAGCUCGAGGAGCAGCAGUUGGAGGCGGAGGAGAAGGCCAAGGCCGAAGCGGAGCGCUUGGAGAAGGAAAAGAAAGAACGCGAGGAGUACGAGGAGUACCUGAAGCUGAAGGAGAGCUUCGCCAUCGAGGAGGAAGGCUGCGACGGCGACGUCGGCGAGGAGGAGAGCCAGAACCGCCUGGCCGCCUUCAUCGACUACAUCAAGGCCGCCAAGGUGGUCCACAUGGACGAGCUGGCGGGCCACUUUAAUCUGCGCACCGCUGAGGUGGUCAGUCGGAUACAAGACCUCCUGGCGGCGGAGCAGCUGGUGGGCGUCAUCGACGACCGCGGCAAGUUCAUCUACAUCACCGAGGAGGAGCUGGGCCAGGUGGCUCGGUUUAUUCGCCAGCGAGGCCGUGUCUCCAUUAGCGAGCUGGCGGAGAACAGCAAUAGCUUUAUCAAUUUGAAGCCGCAAGUCGAGACGUGA